AAGGAUGCCCUCCGACGACGAGGAGGCCGGCGUCCACCGGCUGGAGGGCACCGUGGGCCAGGAGGCGCGCGGCGGCCUGGUGAUCCGGAAGCCGAAGGACGCGGACCACAAAACCAGGUCAACUGGUGGCUUCAAGGUGCCGCAGGGAUCGCUGCUGGGCCUGGACAAGCUGGCGGCCAAGCGGCGCGCGGAGAAGGAGCGCUCGGAGCGGCUGAUUUCGUUCCAGGACAGCGAGUAUGAUGAUGGAGGAGGAGGAGGAGGCUCCACUCCCCAGGGAUCAGGAGGCUCCUCCACCAGCGAGUUUGCCUUCAAGAAGCCGGACACCAAGAGCUUCGAGAAGCUGCGCGGCCAGCUGCGCGAGCACAAGGACGAGACGCCCUCGCACACGGGCGGCGUUUCGGAGAAGGCCAGGGAACGCUUGAGGGAGCACAUCCGGCGGGACAGGGAUCGCGGUCGCCCAGUGGCGGCCAGCAGCUCCUCCUCGGAGGGCAGAGAGCGGGACAGGGAUCGGGACAGGCGGGAGCGGGACAGGCGGCGCCAGCGGGACAGAGGAAGAGAUCGAGAUCGAGAUCGGGAUAGAGAUCGCCGGAGCAGCCGUAGCAGCCGGGAUCGCUCCAUGUCCGAGCGCAGCGUGCACACGCCACGGGAACCGGGCACUCCAGGCGGCAGCAGCAGCGGCGGCGUCUCGAACAGCUCCUGGGACGAGGAGGAGGAGGGAGGCCACCGGAAGAGCUCCUCCUCCUCCGACUGGGACAUGCCCACGCCGAGAUCGCGUCAUGGCAGCCAGUCGCGCGACUGGUCGGCGCGUCCCACGCCGGCGCAUCGCUACAAUCAGUGGGCCCACGACCGCAAGCGCAGCGGAGCGACGCCGUGGGGCGAGGAUCCCGAAUCGCUGGACCUUUGGGAGGAGGAGCAGCGGCGCCUGGAUCGCGAGUGGUACAACAUAGACGAGGGCUACGACGACGAGAACAAUCCCUUUGGCGGCGGGGCCAAUUCCGAGUAUUUCCGCAAGCGCGAGGAGCAGCUGGAGCAGAAGCGAACCAAGAGAAUCAGCGCCCAACAGCGGCAGAAUAAUCGGGACAACGAGCUGUGGGAGCGCAACAGGAUGCUCACCUCGGGCGUGGUCACCUCGAUCAGCGUGAACGACGAUUUCGAUGAGGAGGCGCUGGAGCGAGUGCAUCUGCUGGUGCACCACAUCAUACCUCCGUUUCUCGACGGGCGGAUUGUCUUUACCAAGCAGCCGGAGCCUGUGGUGCCCGUCAAGGAUCCCACUUCGGAUAUGGCGCUGCUGGCGCGGAAGGGCAGCGCCUUGGUGCGCACUUAUCGCGAGCAAAAGGAGCGCAGGAAGGCGCAGAAGAAACACUGGGAGCUGGGCGGCACCAAGCUGGGCAACAUCAUGGGCGUCCAGCGGCCGCAGGACGACGAGGACGCGCGCUUCGACAAGGACAACGACACGGCCGACUAUCGCAAGGACCAGAAGUUCGCCGACCAUAUGCGCGACCAGGAGACGGGCGGCACCAGCGACUUCUCGCGCAAGAAGACCAUCGCCGAGCAGCGCCGCUUCCUGCCCGUGUUCGCCUCGCGCCAGGAGCUGCUCAACGUCAUCCGCGAGAACUCGGUCAUCAUCAUUGUCGGCGAGACGGGCAGCGGCAAGACGACGCAGCUGACGCAGUACCUCCACGAGGACGGCUACAGCCGGCGCGGCAUGAUCGGCUGCACGCAGCCGCGUCGCGUGGCCGCCAUGUCGGUGGCCAAGCGCGUCUCCGACGAGAUGGACACCCAGCUGGGCGAGGACGUGGGCUAUGCCAUUCGAUUCGAGGACUGCACCUCGGAGCGCACGGUCAUCAAGUACAUGACUGACGGUAUCCUUUUGAGGGAGAGUCUGCGCGAUCCGGAAUUGGACAGCUACUCGGCGAUCAUAAUGGACGAGGCCCACGAGAGAUCCCUCUCCACGGACGUGCUUUUCGGACUGCUGCGAGAGAUUGUGGCCCGGCGACAUGACCUCAAGCUGAUCGUGACCUCCGCCACGAUGGACUCGACCAAGUUUGCGACCUUCUUCGGCAACGUGCCCACGUUCACCAUUCCGGGGCGGACCUUUCCCGUCGACGUGAUGUUCAGCAAGAACACCUGCGAGGAUUACGUGGAGUCGGCGGUGAAGCAGGCGCUGCAGGUCCACCUGACGCCCAACGAGGGCGACAUGCUCAUCUUCAUGCCCGGCCAGGAGGACAUCGAGGUGACGUGCGAGGUGCUCGAGGAGCGGCUGGCGGAGAUCGAGAAUGCGCCCCUGCUGAGCAUCCUGCCCAUCUACUCGCAGCUGCCCUCGGAUCUGCAGGCGAAGAUCUUCCAGAAGUCCGGCGACGGGGUGCGCAAGUGCGUGGUGGCCACGAAUAUAGCGGAAACCUCGCUGACCGUCGACGGGAUCAUCUAUGUAAUCGAUUCCGGCUACUGCAAGCUGAAGGUCUACAAUCCGCGCAUCGGCAUGGACGCCCUGCAGAUCUAUCCCAUCUCGCAGGCGAACGCCAAUCAGCGGAGCGGUCGAGCCGGACGCACUGGACCCGGCCAGGCAUUCCGCCUGUACACCCAGCGGCAGUACAAGGACGAGCUGCUGGCCCUCACCGUGCCCGAAAUUCAGCGCACCAAUCUGGCCAACACGGUGCUGCUGCUCAAGUCACUCGGCGUCGUCGAUCUGCUGCAGUUCCACUUCAUGGACCCACCGCCGCAGGAUAACAUCCUCAACUCGCUGUACCAGCUGUGGAUCCUGGGCGCCCUCGAUCACACCGGCGCCCUCACCACGCUGGGCCGCCAGAUGGCCGAGUUCCCGCUCGAUCCGCCGCAGUGCCAGAUGCUCAUCGUCGCCUGUCGCAUCGGCUGCAGCGCCGAGGUGCUGAUCAUAGUGUCCAUGCUGUCGGUGCCCUCGAUUUUCUACCGCCCCAAGGGACGCGAGGAGGAGGCGGAUGGCGUGCGCGAGAAGUUCCAGGUGCCCGAGUCGGAUCACCUGACCUACCUGAAUGUCUACCAGCAGUGGCGCCAGAACAACUACAGUUCGUCGUGGUGCAACGAGCACUUCAUCCACAUCAAGGCGAUGCGCAAGGUGCGCGAGGUGCGGCAGCAGCUGAAGGACAUCAUGACGCAGCAGAAUCUGAGCGUCAAGAGCUGCGGCACCGACUGGGACAUUGUGCGCAAGUGCAUCUGCUCGGCGUACUUCUACCAGGCGGCGCGACUGAAGGGCAUCGGGGAGUAUGUGAAUCUGCGCACGGGAAUGCCCUGCCACCUGCAUCCCACGUCUGCUUUGUACGGACUGGGAACCACUCCCGACUACGUGGUCUACCACGAGCUGAUCAUGACCGCCAAGGAGUACAUGCAGUGCGCCACCGCCGUCGAUGGCUAUUGGCUGGCCGAACUGGGACCCAUGUUCUUCUCCGUUAAGGAAUCUGGACGCAGCGGGCGCGAGAAGAAGAAACAGGCCGCCGAGCAUCUGAAGGAGAUGGAGGAGCAGAUGCUGAAGGCCCAGCAUGAGAUGGAGGAGCGCAAGCAGCAGGCGGCCGAGCGAGAGGAGCAGCUGGCCGCCAAGCAGGAGAUCGCCACGCCGGGCAAUGCCACGCCCCGCCGCACGCCGGCCAGGAUGGGCCUUUAAAUCUACAUUAUAUUUUAAAUUCAACAAGUUUUUGCUAUAUUUUUUUUGUGUUUUGCUAUACCCUUUGUAUAAUCUACGUAUGCUAAUAAAGAAUCAUUGUAAACUGGAGAA